AGUAAAACACACGAUAUAUAAAUAGACAUCCUGUUUGCCUGUAAUUCACUUGAAUUCGCUCUAAUAUACUCUUACAUCGAUGCUCUUUUAGGGAGAUUCAGUGACUAGUCACCAUGGCAUUAAUUUUCACCCCCACGAAUCAAAUAAGGUUAACAAAUGUAGCCGUGGUUCGGGUGAAAAAGGGUGGCAAGAGAUACGAAAUUGCCUGCUACAGGAACAAGGUCGUAUCAUGGAGAAAUAAACUGGAAAAAGACAUCGACGAAGUAUUACAAACACAUACGGUGUUCACUAAUGUGUCCAAAGGACAGGUAGCGAAGAAAGAGGAUCUUAUAAAGGCAUUUGGUUCAGAUGAUCAAACAGAGAUUUGCAAAGAAAUUCUGGCUAAAGGGGAGCUUCAAGUAUCGGAUAAGGAAAGGCACUCUGCCUUGGAUGCAAUGCUGAAAGAUGUGGCGACGACAGUAGCCGACAAGUGUGUCAACCCAGAAACAAAGCGUCCGUAUUCGGUAUCCAUGAUUGAAAAGGCCAUGAAGGAUGUACACUUCUCUGUUAAACCCAAUCGCAAUGCUAAGCAGCAAGCGUUGGAUGUUAUUCCGCAACUGAAGACUGUAAUACCUUUAGAACGAGCUCAAAUGAGAGUCAGGGUUCUUGUAUCGGGGAAAGAAGCAAGAAAGUUAAGAGACCAUAUUGCCAAAUUGGCUACCAAAAUGGAAUCCGAAGAUUGGGACGGUGGAAGUUUAAAUAUAAUUUGUACUAUCGAUCCAGGCCAGUACAGAGAAGUCAACGAUAUAGUGAGAACCGAGACAAAGGGAACGGGAAUUCUGGAAUUACUCGAUCUGAAAGAAGUCACUGAAGGGGAAGAGAUCCUAGAGUGAUUCUCGUUGCACAAAAACAUUCUGCUUUCGUAUGAACGUUAUUAAAAGGUCGCUAUUAAGGCUGUUUCUUAAAUUGUAGUUUAAUAAAUACAUUGUACAUAAGUAACAUUAAUGACUUUAAAUAAAUCUGAUGUGUCUAUUA